AUGCUGACUCCAUGCUGUGGGGGUGGACGUGUUGGAGAUUCCCAAAGCAAGCACAAGGACCGGUGCCGGCCCUUCCCACAGCGGCUCGGCCCGGAGCUGCAGCGGAGCGAACGGGCACGCGCCGCGGGCUCGGGGGCGGGGCCGCAGGGGGCGGGGCGGAUUAGCAUAACAGAUUCUCCUCUGCAAAUCUUGGAGAAUCUUGACAGUGUAGCACCUGCUAAGCCACUACAAACAAGUUAUGAGAGCCUGACAUCAUACUUUGGAGCUGAUUUAAUAAUGGCUAUCAGGACAGAUGGAAGUUUUGUGGUUCAUGAUGUACCUUCAGGAUCUUACGUCGUGGAAGUUAUAUCCCCUGCUCAUAAAUUUGAGCCCGUGCGAGUUGACAUAACUUCAAAAGGCAAAAUGAGAGCAAGAUAUGUGAAUUACAUCAAACCCUCUGAAGUUGUCAGGCUGCCAUAUCCACUCCAGAUGAAAUCUUCUGGACCACCUUCAUACUUUAUAAAGAGGGAAUCUUGGGGAUGGACAGAUUUCCUCAUGAACCCUAUGGUGAUGAUGAUGGUUCUUCCAUUAUUGAUAUUUGUGCUUUUGCCUAAAGUUGUCAACACCAGUGAUCCUGAUAUGAGGCGGGAAAUGGAGCAGUCGAUGAACAUGCUGAAUUCCAACCAUGAGCUGCCAGAUGUGUCUGAAUUCAUGACAAGACUUUUCUCUUCAAAAUCUUCCAGCAAGUCUGGUGGUAGCAGCAGUAAAGCAGGGAAAAGUAGUUCUGGAAAAAGGAGGUAGUUAGGUCUUCCUCCUAAGUCUGAGUUUGCACAGCUGUUUGCUAUUUUGUGGUGUCAUGUUUAUUUGUCUUGAAAGAUCAAAAAACCACUGCUGUAAACUUUAACCAGGCACAACACAUUAUGUUAUGCUACAAGUGUGGUUUGUAGCUUUGUUUUUUAGACUGUAUAAGCUGUUUUGUACUUGACAGUAAGCAAAAGAUGACAUGGCUUCAAUACUGUAUCUGUAUAAAGUUAUUGAUGAUAAUGAAUUUAACUAUAUUGUUCUGUAGAGAAUUAAAAUAAAUUAUACAAUGUGCUUCACAGUAAUAAAUGUCUUAAGACAGUGUAUAAAAAAAUUUUGAAGAUAAUA